AUGAAAAAUCGCGAACUUUUAACUCCGAUAAUCGAAGCAAUCAUUUUAUGUGGCAGGCAGAAUAUAGCAAUUAGAGGACACAGAGAUUCCGGUAAAUUAAUGAUCGACCAAACUGAUGACGAACAUGAAAACAAUGAAGGGAAUUUUCGGGAAAUUUUACGGUAUAGGGCUCGAGGUGAUGAGCAGCUUAAAUUAUUUUUAGAAAGUUUAGCAUCAUUAAUAUUAGAAAGCUUGCACAAUUUUGGUAUAGAAACAAAGUACAUGCGAGGACAAGGUUAUGACGGCGCGGCUGCAAUGUCAGGAGAAUUUAACGGCGUUCAAGCCAUAAUUCGUAAGACUCAUCCUCUUGCUCUUUAUGUGCAUUGUUCCGCACAUGUCCUUCACUUAGCUGUUUCAAACUCCUGCAAAGUACAGGAAAUAAGAAAUUGUUUGGGGACCAUUUCCAAAGCUCGGGAUUUUUUCAAUUUUCCUAAAAGAAAAGAUGUUUUAAAAACUCAAAUUGAAAAUAGUGAUGAAAAAAUCUCAAAAAAAUCAUUAAAACGUCUUUGCGCUACCCGAUGGCAUGCCAGUAAUCUGUGUAGUGCUAUAUUAGAAGGUGGAUUUAUUAUUUCUAUGCUUAUAGUAGCUAAAUGCUUUAGUGUUGGUCUUCCUUUAUCGAAACAUCUUCAGCGGGUUAAUAUUGACCUUGGCGAAGCGAUCCAAUUAGCGGAGGAUACAAUAAAAGAACUUGAAGAUUUUCGAAAAAAUGCUGAUUCUAUUUUCCAAGACAUUUUUGAAAAUGCUGUUUCUCUUGGUAAUAAAUUUGGUGUUACUAUAUGUAUCCCUAGAACUACGAAAAGACAAGCAAACCGUGUAAAUGUUGAAACUGAUUCAAUAGAAUUCGAUUUACCGGCCAUAAAGCUAUUUUAG